GAUAUUUUUUUAUUCACAGGUAUUUACAAGCCAUUUCUUGUGUGACUGAAACGCGAUUGACUGGUGAACCACUGAGUGAAUCAUGAGUUUCCGUGGUGGCAAAGGUGGUCGAGGUGGUGGAAACCGCCGUGAUUUUAGCCCCUCCGGACCUCGUUUUCGCGACCGUUCCGGCAGAGGUAAAGGUGGACCUCAGUUCAUGGGACCACGAGGUCCCAUGGGCCCGAACCGAAUGAUGCCUCCUCGUAUGUCUGGUCCGAGAGGCGGCUUGCUGGAUGAUCUCCCGCCUCGGCACGACGAUUUCCCGAUGCGCCCGAGAAUGGGCGCACGCGUCUUGGUCGGAAAUUUACCGAUGCGGGUUUUGCGGAAAGAUUUGGAGGACAAGUUUUUGAAAUACGGUCCAAUCGUUGAUAUGGAAGUUUUUGGAGAUUAUGCCAUUCUGGAGUUUGAGGCGUUCAUUUCUGCCGAAGAUGCAAUUCGUCACGAACACGGUGUCCCUUUCAUGGGCCAAAAAGCAGUGGUGGAAUGGGCGAAGCCACCAAACCCGGAUGGCCCAAUGCCGGGCGGUGGACCCAGAGGCUUGCUGGACGAUCAAUUUCCUCCAGAAGUCCCUUCCUUGUUAAACAACAUUCGACCGGAUGUACCAUUUGGUCGAGACUUCGGACCAGACUUUGGGCCACGUGGCCCAAUGCCAGUGCCAGAACCAUUGAUGCCGAUGGACGCCCCGCAUCCGCCUUUUGAGGACGAAUUCCAAAGAUCGAGACAUCCAUUCCGAGAAGAUGUUGGGUCUCGUUCCAACGCCCCCCUCCGAGAUGAUUUUCCUGCUAGUAAUGGAGGUGCCCGAGGUUCAGUUGGUGCUUCUUCAGCACCAUCUGAUAACCCUGCCAAGAAAGGCAAAGCGUCGACUGACCUGGAAAUAAUCGUGUUGAACAAGCAACAGCAGCGAUAUGCAGAAAUGGUGGAGAGGAAGCUGAGGACUUUGGGCAUAAGUGUUGAUCUGCUAUUCCCACGGGAAGGCGCCCCCAUUCCGGCAAUCUUGAACAGUAUCUCCAAGCGUGGGGCUUUGUAUGCUGCUGUAAUUUCCCCACAAAAUGAGAAGGAAGGAUCCAUCACCAUCAACAUCCUCUUCGGAAAUCCUGUUGAGCGGAGAAAUAUUCCCUUGGAUGAAGCCGUGAAGACAAUCGGCGAGAAUUUCGAUGACUUCGUGCGCCGAGGCGGAAAAGACGGAGAACGAGUCCGGAUGGUGAUUCCUGAACCGAUCCGUGCUUUGUUUUCUGCGAUCAUGGAAGGACGGUCCGUGACGGAUGCAGACUAUGAAAUUUCGAUGACUUCGUGCGCCGAGGCGGAAAAGACGGAGAACGAGUCCGGAUGGUGA